AUGACUGACACUCGGGCCAUAUGGCCGUCACCGGUGCACUGGUUCUCUUUGUCUGUAGGCGGCUUGGACUCCAGCUUGGUUGCUGCCACUCUGCUGAAGCAUCUAAAAGAGGCCCAAGUACAGUAUCCCCUGCAGACGUUCGCCAUCGGCAUGGAGGACAGUCCUGAUUUGCUGGCUGCUAGAAAAGUGGCAAACCAUAUUGGAAGUGAACAUCAUGAAGUCCUCUUGCUCUUGAAAGCCAAAAAGAGGAGAGAAAAAGCAUUUCCGAUGGAGUGUUAUGUUGACGACAUCAAUUUCUCUGUCCUUGAAGGCAUGUAUUUAGUUUCCAAGUAUGUGCGGAAGAACACAGACAGUGUGGUGAUCUUCUCGGGAGAAGGAUCAGAUGAGCUGACGCAGGGCUACAUAUAUUUCCACAAGGUGAGCACUCCUAAUGAAAUGUAUGAUCCCCGCUGUUUCUUCACCCCUGCAGCCCUGCAGCCCUUGCCCAACCAUUACAUGCACCAAAUAUGUGUGUUCACUUACACUUUGCUCUUUUCUCCUUUAAGCCUUGAGCUGAGAGUUCCAUUUCUGGAUCAUCGAUUUUCUGCCUAUUACUUGUCUCUGCCGCCAGAAAUGAGGAUUCCCAAAAAUGGGGUCGAGAAACAUCUCCUGAGAGAGGCCUUUGAAGACUCCCACCUGCUACCCAAAGAAAUCCUCUGGCGGCCGAAGGAGGCCUUCAGCGACGGCAUCACCUCCAUCAAGAAUUCCUGGUUUAAGAUUUUGCAGGAGUUUGUUGACCAUCAGGUUGAUGAUGCGAUGAUGGCAGACGCAGCCCAGAAAUUUCCCUUCAAUACUCCAAAGACUAAAGAAGGCUACUACUACCGGCAGAUCUUCGAACGGCACUACCCAGGCCGGGCCGGCUGGCUGAGCCACUACUGGAUGCCCAAGUGGAUCAAUGCCACCGACCCUUCAGCCCGCACUCUGACUCAUUACAAGUCAGCUUCCAAAGCCUAGGUGCUCCCUCUCCACCCUGUGGAGAGAAAGCAAAUGCUUCUCAUUGCCUUGUGCGUGGGGAAGCUGCGGUUGGCUGAGGGACCAGUAGGUGUCAACCUUCAGGCUUUUUCUGGCUUGGCAAAAAUAAAAAUCUUGCGU